UCGUGGUGAAUCGGAGGAGAAAAUACUACAGAGAAGCUCAUUCACAAAAGAAAACUCCUUUUACUUCACUGUAGAGAAAUCAAAAACCCCGAUAGAACUGCAAAAUCUUGGAUUAGGGUUUUAAAUGGGAAAUUUUGAUGCCAAACAGCUCCUCAAAGACAAGAAGUUCUGGUUCGCUUCUUUUCUCAUUGCUUGGGCUGCUGCUCUCCAGGGGCAUAUAAUGUGGUUACAGAAGCAAGAUUCAUUCCAGGAAAAGUUUAGUACAGUUAGUCAAGGCAAUGAUAAUGAAGAAGAGGCAUGACCCAGAUAAAGAAUGUUAGUGGAAGAAUUAAAUUUUGUAUCUAUAGAAACAGAGAAAUGAAAAUUUGCUAAAGUUUCAAUUUUUACUUGCAGAACUUGCAAAUUCGAAACACAUAGGCAACAACUUGACGUAGAACGAGUAGUAUAAGGCUUCAUUGACAGUGGCAUUAAAGAAUCUCAUUCCAGAACUAAAUUUUGGUUGAAGAUUUUGUUGAAUGCACAUGUGCUUAAUAUCUUACCCUGGUUGUAUGCUACAAUCAAAUACAUAGCUUUGAUUUGUUCAGAGAAGGGGGGAUGUUUAUGAUUAAGAGGUUAGUUGAUUUUAGGUCAUUAUUUAUUGGUUGAUAACUGUGGAAGGCUGGAGAAGUCUAGAUGUGCAAGGUAAGUAUAGAUUUUAGAUGAUGUUGUUCAUGCAUUAAUGUGAUUGUGAAGAUGAAAAGAUGAAGCCUGUAUUGAAAUAUUUUUGGCCGUUAUCUCCUCUGGCCCUCAUCCUUUCAUUAGGUUUACAUCUUUCUAUGUAAUUUGUGUUGAAAUACAUUUGGCCCUCAUCCUUUGGGUGGGUUUACAUCUAUGUAAUUAUUAUUGUUUGAAAUGAAAAUUGUUGAUUGUUUUCUAUAGGUGCAAUGAACCGAAAUGUCAGAAAGCACGAGUUUGACUCCUCAAAGUGACAUUCAACUGGAUUGGCACUCACUCUUUAAUGGGAUGUGGAUCUAUUUUGUGCACGAUUGAAGACUUGAAGUAGCUGCAUUGAGAAGGAGCUACAAGCUACCGCGUGUUGCAGCUCUAACCUCAAAUAUGUUAUCAGCCGACCUAUGGAAGAAGUAGUAAAUAGCAAUGGGGGGAACCUUAAAGGUGGAAUUCACACUACCAAAUUAUCUUCACAGUAGUUUUUCUUUAGGUUGACUUAAGUGAAAACUUUAUUGUUGUGGUUUGGUGUUUAUUUAUACUAAGGAACUGCAUAUCCAAUAUUAAAGAAUGAUCAUAAUUCAAAUUC